UAAGGAGCACACAAAAUGUUCUGUGGCAGGUGGCAUAAUACAAGGAUUUGGUCUGUUUUUAGGAUUGGCACUGCUGCCCUGGCAGUUCAGGUGGUCGGUAGCAACUGGCCCAAGCCCCAUUACACACUGCUGGUGACAGGCCUCUGCAGAUUCCAGGUCCUGCAGCUGCUGAAGGAGAAGCCCUAUCCCAUUGCUGAAGUGCAGCAGUUAGAUCGACUUGAGCAGUUCACUAAUGGCCAUAAAUCUGAGGAGGAGCUUGGAGAGCUGUCAGAACAAUUCUACAAGUAUGCAGUACAGCUGGUUGAGAUGCUGGAUAUGUCAGUGCCUGCAGUCGCAAAGCUCCGGCGUCUCCUGGACAAUCUGCCCAGAGAAGCUCUGCCAGAUAUCCUGACCUCUAUCAUCCGAACAACCAACCAAGAGAAGCUGCAGAUUUUAGAUGCUGUUAGGCUGGAGGAACGGUUCAAGAUGACCAUACCAUUGCUUGUUAGACAGAUUGAAGGCCUGAAGCUGCUUCAGAAAACAAGAAAGUCCAAACAGGAUGAUGAUAAAAGGGUUGUAGCUAUUCGUCCUAAUAGAAAAUUCAGUCAUGGGAGCAUUACAGAAGAUGAAGAGGAAGAAGAAGAUCAUGAUGAUGUUGUCAUGCUAGAAAAAAAGAUUAGAACAUCCAGUAUGUCAGAACAAGCUCUUAAAGUUUGUCUUAAAGAAAUAAAAAGAUUAAAGAAGAUGCCUCAGUCAAUGCCAGAAUAUGCUUUGACAAGAAAUUACUUGGAACUGAUGGUAGAAUUGCCAUGGAACAAGAGUACGAAAGAUCGCCUGGAAAUCCGUGCAGCUCGGAUUGUUUUGGAUAAUGACCAUUAUGCCAUGGAGAAGUUGAAGAAGAGAGUUUUGGAGUACUUGGCUGUCCGACAGCUUAAAAACAACCUCAAGGGACCCAUUCUUUGUUUUGUGGGUCCCCCAGGAGUUGGUAAAACCAGUGUUGGAAGAUCAAUUGCAAAGACUUUGGGUCGAGAAUUCCACAGAAUUGCUUUAGGAGGAGUCUGUGAUCAGUCUGAUAUUCGAGGCCACAGGCGCACCUAUGUGGGCAGCAUGCCUGGCAGGAUCAUCAAUGGCCUGAAGACUGUAGGGGUGAACAAUCCUGUUUUCCUCUUGGAUGAGGUGGAUAAAUUGGCAAAGAGCUUGCAGGGGGAUCCUGCAGCAGCCUUGCUUGAGGUCUUGGAUCCAGAACAAAAUCACAGUUUCACCGAUCACUACCUAAACGUAGCCUUUGACCUGUCCCAAGUGCUUUUCAUAGCUACAGCCAACACUACAGCUACAAUCCCACCCGCCCUGCUGGACAGAAUGGAGGUUAUCCAGGUGCCAGGAUACACACAAGAAGAAAAAAUUGAAAUUGCACAUAGGCACUUGAUUCCUAAACAGCUUGAACUACAUGGUCUGACUCCACAGCAAAUACAGAUUCCCCAAGUAACCACUUUGGGCAUAAUUACCAGGUACACGAGGGAGGCGGGAGUGCGGGCCCUGGAUCGGAAGCUGGGAGCCAUUUGCAGAGCAGUGGCUGUGAAAGUGGCAGAAGGGCAGCACAAAGAAGCAAAGCCAGAUCGUGCUGAGGUGGGGGAAGGAGAAGAUUGUAAAGAACACGUCACAGAAGAUGCCAAAUCAGAAUCCAUCAAUGACACGGCUGACCUGGCUCUGCCACCUGAAAUGCCGAUUUUAAUUGAUUUCCAUGCUCUGAAAGAUAUCCUGGGGCCCCCCAUGUAUGACAUGGAGGUGUCUGAGCGCCUCAACCAGCCUGGGGUGGCCAUAGGCCUGGCCUGGACGCCCCUGGGAGGGGAGAUCAUGUUUGUGGAAGCCAGCCGGAUGGACGGGGAGGGCCAGCUCACGCUGACGGGGCAGCUGGGGGACGUCAUGAAGGAGUCGGCUCACCUGGCCAUCAGCUGGCUGCGCAGCAACGCCAAGAGAUACCAGCUCACCAACGCUUCUGGAAGUUUUGAUCUCCUUGACAACACUGACAUCCAUCUGCACUUCCCAGCUGGAGCUGUCACAAAAGAUGGACCAUCUGCUGGUGUUACCAUAGUAACCUGCCUUGCUUCACUCUUCAGUGGGCGGCUGGUGUGCUCCGAUGUAGCCAUGACAGGAGAAAUUACACUAAGAGGCCUUGUUCUUCCAGUUGGGGGAAUUAAAGACAAAGUGCUGGCAGCACACCGAGCUGGACUGAAGAGAAUUAUCAUUCCUCAAAGAAAUGAGAAAGACCUGGAGGAGAUUGCGGCGCACGUGCGGCAGGACCUGACCUUUGUGCUGGCCGGGUGCCUGGACGAGGUGCUGAACGCAGCCUUCGACGGCGGCUUUGCAGUCAAGACCAGGCUUGAGCACUUGAAUAGCAAACUUUAGGCAGUUACUUCUCUCUGCAAUUCCAUAGUCCUUGAUCUCUUUCAGCUACAUUUAGGUAUCAGGUACAACUAUGAGCCAAACAGGACUGUUCUGCAAAAGGAAGAUGUUGCUGCUCCAGUUACCAACCUGAAAUUGCACCUCAUGGGCGUUUGCAUUUCCUGAGGCAUUUAAGCAUGAAGAAGAAUUCCUUAGCCUGUCUGGCACCUAUGUAUGUACAUGGCAGCAGCAUGGUUCCAUCCUUAAAGAGGGAAUAAUGUGCAGCAGGAGAGGCUCAUAGUGGGGUUGUUACAAAAAGCAAACUGAUUUAGUGCAAGUUUACUUAUUACAAAAUAUCUAUAAUAAUGUGCUAAGGAGCAGUAUCAGGGGAAAAUAAGGUUUUUGAAAUCUAAAAAAAUACGCCUAAGGCAUCUGAAGCAUUAUGGCCUAAUAAAUGAAGUUAGGAAGUUCUUUCAGCACUUGGUUCUAGUUUGUAGCAAGGCCACGGCAGCCAUCCUUUUUCAAAA